AUACCAUCCAAGAGAGCCCAAGGACUCUACCACUAUAGUCUUGAGAAAGCCUCAGAAACCAAACAACGACACUCAAAGCGUAUAUUGUUUGUUUGUUUAUUUUCUAUUUUUCGUCCGUCGGGAUGCCAGUGCUUACUGCCCUGGUGGCUUCGCCCUUGCUACUUCCUAACUAGGUUUGCAGGGCAAUUCUCUAAUUACAUGAUUGCGUGUAGCAUUGCACCUGCACUUUUCAGCCAGUCCCCGAGGCUCUUUACUCAUUUGAUGUAUAACAACCACUCUCGAGAUACUACUAAUAGAUCCAUUCAUAAAUACCGCACCAUCCAUCCAUAA